AUUCAUCAACCUGGUUAAAGAGAGGAUGUCGCUGAUUCCGAGUUUCUUUGGUGGCAGAAGGAGCAACGUUCUCGAUCCAUUUUCCCUUGAUGUUUGGGAUCCAUUCAAAGAUUUUCCAAUCUCCAAUUCACUUUCCAAUUCCUUUGCUGAUAAUUCAGCAUUUGUGAGCACACGUGUGGACUGGAAGGAGACUCCAGUAGCGCACGUGUUCAAGGCGGAUCUUCCUGGACUGAAGAAGGAAGAAGUGAAGGUGGAGAUUAAAGAUGAUAAAGUUCUUCAGAUAAGCGGAGAGAGAAACGUUGAGAAAAAAGAUAAGAACGAUCAAUGGCAUCGCGUGGAGCGUAGCAGUGGGAAAUUCAUGAGAAGGUUUAGAUUACCAGAGAAUGGGAAAUUCAUGAGAAGGUUUAGAUUACCAGAGAAUGCUAAAAUGGAUCAAGUGAAAGCGAACAUGGAGAAUGGAGUUCUCACUGUAACAGUCCCUAAACAAGAAGUGAAGAUACCUGAAGUCAAGACCAUUGAUAUCUCUGGCUAAGUCAAAUUCGAGUUCUGUGUUAGAAUGGCGUUCUUUGCUUUAUUCUAACGCUUACUAUGUGUUUUUUUUGUGUGUGUUGCUGUACUGUGUGCAUGGAA